GGCAGACAGAACUGAUGGUUCAGAAAGGGUUUGCUCAUCUCUGCAACACCUCAGAAGGUCAGGAUUAGACUAACAGAGCCCAGCUAAAGAAAGAGAAAGGAACAUAGUCUCUCCUCCUUAGAAACCUGCAAUUUGUGAUGCAAAUCAAUGGCAGGGGUUGAUUGCAGUGCUUCUCACCUCGAUGUUUUCAAUUCACACUACUAAUUUCAUACUGCUAAAGCUAAAAAAGAGGACAGUAGUUUAAAGCAAGCAGGAAAGAAUUUCGUACACACCUCCAGCGAGCCCGGUACCGACUUACACUUCGUCACCACUACAUGUCCCAGUGCCUCAAGCGAUCAGGAUGGAGGAGGACACGAUCAGACUGCCAGCACACCUGCGCAAAGUUGUAAAAUUACUGCCUAUGAUGGAAAAAAAAAAAGGAUGCAGAAGACAGUGGAAGGUGCCUUUUGUGUCACAUGCACUGCCAAGCAGGCUCACAGUGCUAUCCUCCCUACAUCUCUGCAGUGUCAAGCAGUCACAAGAGGGUUAGGCUGUGUUUGAGACAACGGGCCCAGACACAGCAGCUCCUUUAUAUGGGACCACAGUACAGGGAUAUCUCAUUCAGAAGGAUGUUGUGGUUGUUAAGCAUAAAACAAUUAUUGAUGUUUGCAGCCCGUUUACUGGAGCAGGGAGGAUGUGGCACAGUGGCUCAGGUGGGCAGAGAAGGAGUUUUCCUUGAGGCCAAUUGAGAGCAACACUUUCGAGAUGAACGGCAAGGCUCUGCUGCUCCUGACCAAAGAGGACUUCCGAUACAGGUCUCCUCAUUCAGGUGAUGUUUUAUAUGAACUCCUUCAGCAUAUCCUGAAGCAAAGGAAAGCUCGUAUGCUCUUCACACCUUUCUUCCACCCUGGGAACUCUAUCCAUGCUCAACCAGAGGUCAUAUUACACCAGAAUCAUGAUGAAGAUAGCUUUGUCCAGAGACCUUCAAGACCAUCCGCAGAAACAGUCCACCACAACCCCCCAACCAUUGAACUGUUGCAUCGUUCUAGAUCGCCCAUCACUAACAACCACCGUCCAUCACCAGAUCCUGAUCAGCGACCACUCAAGUCCCCUAUGGACAACACUAUCCGUCGCCUUUCCCCAGCCGACAGGGUGCCGGGAACAAGGCAUCAGCAUGAGAACAACCAGCAAGAGCCUUAUCCUCUCUCAGUGUCCCCAGUAGAAAACAACCACUGCCCGCCUCCUUCUGAGGUGCUCCAGAAGCCCUCCAGCCCUCGCCAGGAGAACACCAGGGUCAUCCAGCUGAUGCCCAGCCCUAUCAUGCAUCCUUUGAUAUUGAACCCCAGGCACUCCGAUUUCAAACCACCAAGGUUGUCUGAGGAUGGGCUGCACAGGGAAGUAAAGCCAAUCAACCUGUCCCACCGAGAAGAGUUAGCUUAUAUGAACCACAUCAUGGUGUCUGUAUCCCCUCCUGAGGACCAUGCAAUGCCAAUUGGAAGAAUAGCAGACUGUAGGUUGCUUUGGGAUUAUGUUUAUCAGCUGCUUUCUGACAGCCGGUACGAAAAUUUCAUCCGAUGGGAAGAUAAGGAAUCCAAAAUAUUUCGGAUAGUGGAUCCCAAUGGGCUGGCCCGGCUGUGGGGAAACCACAAGAACAGAACAAAUAUGACUUAUGAGAAAAUGUCCAGAGCUCUACGCCACUACUACAAACUAAACAUUAUCCGGAAGGAGCCAGGACAAAGGCUUUUGUUCAGGUUCAUGAAGACCCCAGAUGAGAUUAUGAGUGGCCGAACAGACCGCCUCGAGCACCUUGAAUCCCAGGAACUAGAUGAACAAAUAUACCAAGAAGAUGAGUGCUGAAGGAAACAGGUGCACCACCUCUGUGGGUCCAUGGGAGAAACAUCUGCCCGGAUGGUUGGCAUGGUUUGGGAGGGGAAGCAACAACACAGAAGCAGUACUUGAGGUUGCCGCUUAGCUUGAAAACCACGCAGGACCUGAAGCACCUUAACAAAACAAACUAACAGGCAGAAGUGGUGCUGGCAGAAAAGCAAAGGGGAGAAAGCCUGGACUUGUGCACUACUUCACUGUUCCUACAAAGUCUCCCUUGAGUUCUUUCCUUUUUUUUUUUUGUUUGUUUGAGUUGGGGGGGGGUAUUGGGGUUUUUUCCCUAAUAAACAUGCAGUUUGACUUUCCUUAUCUUACAUAGGACAA